ACAACGAAGCUAAAUGGGCACGACAUAAUAGUUAUUUAAAUUCUCUUCCUACCAAUCAAGCUCCAUCAAUUAUUGAACCAAUAUUUUCAAAAAUUUUGGAAGUAUUAAAAUCGUACUUGACGCCUCACAUAUUGGCUGUACAACAACAUCAAAUUACUGAAGAACAACUUGAUAGACCUCAAGUAUCUAUUGCGGCCCUCAUAAAGGAUAUUGACAUAAGUGACAUAGUUGAAAUUUGGGA